GGCUCCUCCCGGCGGGUCCCGGACAGGAAGAGGAUGACGUAAGUGCGCUCCGCUCGCAGCAGAUUCAAGUUACAGUACAUCACCGCGGGUGCGCGCGUCCGUGCGUUCGCGUGUUCUUGAAUGUCGCGCAUUUGCGGAUAGUGGCUGGAGGAGGAAAAGUGUGUUUACACAGACGGCCCGAGCGCCUGGGGAAUAGCGCGCGGCGAGAGGAAGUGAGCCGGCUCGCUGUCUGCCUGCACCAACUUCCUGCUCAGAGUGAGAGAGAGAGAGGGAGAGAGAGAGAGAGAGAGAGAGAGAGAGAAAACAGUCGGGAUCCCAUUACAGUCCGACUGAGAGCUGACGAGACGGCCGACAGCAUGGAAAAACAGCGCAUUAUACGGAAUUCUUGGUAAAAAAGUUAUUAAGGACACAGAAAACCCAAACCUUUACGCACAGAUAUGGAGAGUGCCAUCACGCUGUGGCAGUUUUUGCUGCAGCUACUGCUAGACCAAAGCCACAAGCACUUGAUUUGCUGGACCUCCAAUGACGGCGAGUUCAAACUGCUCAAGUCCGAAGAAGUGGCCAAACUCUGGGGCCUUCGCAAGAACAAGACCAACAUGAACUACGACAAACUAAGCAGAGCACUACGCUACUAUUACGACAAGAAUAUCAUCAAGAAGGUGAUCGGCCAGAAGUUUGUUUAUAAAUUUGUUUCGUUCCCUGACAUUCUCAAAAUGGACCCUCAAGCCGUCGAGCUCGGCCGCGAAGGGGCUCACAUCUCUGGGGGUGGGAUGUUGCAGGAGGCGGAGUCCGAUUGCGGCGAAGGGGAGGAGUCUCCGAAACUAUCCCUGAGAAGCCCCGCCUUUAGAAAUGAGUAUCUGCACUCUGGUCUGUACUCAUCCUUCACUGUCAGCUCCCUCCAAAGCCCGCCUCCGCUGCUGCGUCCCAUAAAAAUCGAGAAACAGCGAGGAGAGGAGGGGCCGACGGUGAUUCGGUUCGGCAAUCGAACAGAUAAGGUCGCUUCACUCUCCUCCUCACCGCCACCCUCUCCCUGCUCUUCUCGCAGCCCCUCCCCCUGUCACAGUCCCAUCUAUACGAUGCGGCCGAGGCAUCCAGAGGCUCAUUUAGACGAAUCGGAACAGAGCGUUCAGCCUCUGAAUUUAUCGUCUGGCCACAGGGAGCGAGCUCAGAACCGGGCCACGCCGCCCGAGAGGAGGACCGGCAGCAAUGGAUUUCCUCUCAAACCGAGGAAACCCAGAGGGCUGGAAAUCUCCGCCCCGUCCAUACUGCUUUCAGGAAGUGACUUGGGCUCCAUCGCCCUCAACAGCCCAGCGCUACCCUCAGGGUCACUAACGCCAGCUUUUUUCACUGCACAGACUCCCUCCGGUCUGCUGUUGACUCCCAGUCCUCUCCUGUCCUCCAUUCAUUUCUGGAGCAGUCUGAGUCCCGUAGCACCUUUGAGCCCCGCGAGACUCCAGGGCCACGGGUCACUCUUUCAGUUCCCCACCCUGUUGAACGGACCCCUCCCGGUGCCUCUUCCCAACCUGGACAGGUCCUCCCCACCAUCUUCUCUUCUCCUGUCUUCCGGUGCACAGAAGUCCUGAUUCGCGGACAAUCUGUGUACCCCAAGUUAUACUCUUACACUAAUAAAGGAAUUAUGGACCUUCAUGGAUUUUGAGCCAGACUGCACUUCGCCCCCUUGUGGCCGUCGACACGUAUAGCACUCGCAGAUUUCUUGUUUCACAAACGGACCAGCAAACUGUGUAGGUAUUUUUCUAACUCGGGCUGCCAUCCAAACAGCUCACAAACUCCUCGAAUAGAAACGAUUACGACAUGAUGCCAAAGAACAUGAAGUGACCGUACGAGGACACGGACAGUCAGUGGAAAUGCAGCCUUGGAAAUGAACGCAUUCAUGACGUGCCUUCCGGCAAAUUACUUCGAAAUAUCUCCGAGACGAAGUACAGUUCUGGACACUUGAUGGUUGUGAAGAAAUACGUAUUGAAGCACCUUCAGCAUCAUCUUACAAGCAAAGCUUUCCUUCCCGUAUUGUCCUCUUCAGUACACAAAUCACAUUUUAGGUGCUCUUAAAAAAAUUCUCAGUUUGGAAAACUAUGUUUUUUAAGUGCAAAACAUUUGAGAAAUCUCAUUAGCAUUUGAGUCUCUUUUAAAAAAUAUAUAUUUUUGAGGCUGUGAACUGGGUUUUUGUUCGUUUGUCUGGUAUUGUAUUGUAUAAUAUUGCAUUGUAUGCACUGUGCUUCAAAUGUACUACCGGCUGUGCCUUUUUCCCCGUGUAAGAAUUGUGCGUUUGUAUUAUUUUCCUGCUUAAAAACAAUUUUGUAAUAGACGAAAUUCCAUUUCAUAUCGGAAAGAAAAGCUUUGUAAUAGCUUCUGGUAAUAUUUGUCAUUAAGGAAUUGAUUAAAAAUGUAUUCUCAUA